ACGCAUGGACUAUAAUAGGAUGAACUCCUUCUUAGAGUACCCACUCUGUAACCGGGGACCCAGCGCCUACAAUGCCCACAGCGCCCCAACCUCUUUUCCCCCCAGCUCAGCUCCAGCCGUUGACAGCUAUGCAGGCGAGGGACGCUAUGGAGGGGGGCUGUCCAGCCCAGCGCUCCAGCAGAACUCGGGCUAUCCUGGCCAGCAGCAGCCUUCAGCACUGGGGGUGCCCUUUCCUAGCUCUGCGCCCUCAGGGUACGCCCCGGCAGCUUGCAGCCCCAGCUAUGGGCCUUCUCAGUACUACCCUCUGGGCCAAUCGGAAGGAGAUGGAGGCUAUUUUCACUCGUCGAGCUAUGGGGCUCAGCUAGCGGGCUUGUCCGAUGGCUACGGAACGGGUGGAGUUGGCCCGGGGCCCUACCCUCCGCCACAGCCGACUUACGGCACCGAGCAGACAGCCGGCUUCGCACCAGCCUACGCUGAUCUCCUCUCCGAGGACAAGGACUCAUCCUGCCUGACAGAACCCUGCACGCCUACGACCCGGACUUUCGACUGGAUGAAGGUUAAGAGGAAUCCACCCAAGACAGCGAAGGUGUCGGAGCUGGGGCUGGGCGCGCCCGGCGGCCUCCGCACCAACUUUACCACGCGACAGCUGACCGAGCUGGAGAAGGAGUUCCAUUUCAACAAGUACCUGAGCCGGGCCCGGAGGGUGGAGAUCGCCGCCACCCUGGAGCUCAAUGAAACGCAGGUCAAGAUUUGGUUCCAGAACCGGCGCAUGAAACAGAAGAAACGUGAGCGAGAGGAAGGCCGGAUGCCCCCAGCUCCAUCAGGCUGCCGCAAGGAGGCAGCUGGAGACGUCUCGGACCAGUCGACUUGCACCUCUCCGGAAGCCUCACCCAGUUCCAUCACCUCUUGAACUGAACCUUUUAACCAAAGGGGCUUCCAACACUGGAGCGCCCCAGUCAGGCCCUCUCCUUGGGUUUCCCCAACUUCACUGCCCUGGCGAUCCUUUCCAAGGCU